AUGGCGUCGGCGGGCCCGACGCACUACCGGCUGCCGCCGACGCUGGGCUACAAGGGCCACGACGUGACCAAGGAGCGCGCGCCCGCCUACACGAUGCGCCGGCGCACGCCGCUGGCGCUCAGGCUGCUCGGCCCGGGGCCCAAGUACGGCCUGCGGCCCAACCUCACCCAGCACGGGCCGGGAGACCCACCAGCCUACACCAUGCGAGAGAGGCUGCCUCUAGGACUGAAGCUGGACGUGCCGGGCCCGGGCAGCUACCAGCCGGAGAAGUGCACGGACGCGUCGCGGCCGCGCGCGCCCGUCUUCAGCAUGGGGUCGCGCACGACGGCGCGCCUGCUCGACCACCUGCCGGGGCCCGCCGCCUACCGACCGCCCGCCACCGUAGGCCGACGCGUCUCCGACAAGCCCGCCGCGCCCGCCUACACCAUGCGCGGCUGGCUGGCGGAGCCGCUGUACGAGUCGAGUCCGGGCCCCGCGGGCUACGUGCCGCCUCCCCCCGAGGUGUACCUGCGUCGCGCGGCCAGGCCCGCGGUGGGCGGCCGCCGCCCGCCCAUGCCGCAGUCGGCGCGCCCCGGCCCGGACGCCUACUGCCCCAGCUACGCCUGGGGCCGACACACGCCCGCCUUCUCCUUCCGGAAGCGCAACUCGCCGCUCGUCAUGGCCUUCUUCCUGCGGGAGGACAACCCCUGA